AUGGCUGAUCUCAAGCAGUGUCUUCUUGCCGUGUUAUUUGUGCUUCAAGUUCUGUUUAUGGCAUUUCAAGUCCGAGAAUCCGUCCUUCAUACACGUGCUUCUUUGCCUGCGAUUGUACUCAACAUCAUAGCAACUUUUGCGGCCUCAUACGCCUCCUUCAUAGAAGACCAGCGAUCUGUAAAACCAUCCGAUCUCCUCAUCCUCUAUUUCUCAGCGUCAAGCAUUUUUGGUGUCUGCCGAUAUCUCUCGCUAGCUAGCUUCCUUUUCACGGUCGCAAUUUUAGCUCUUGAGUCGCUCCCAAAGACCAAGAUUCUGCACUCUCACUAUUAUGGUACUACAGACGAAGAGAAAAUCGGGUUUUGGAGCCGAAGUUUCUUUAUCUGGGUACUGCCAUUUCUACAGACAGGGUAUCGGGAAGCUCUCGAGGUCGAGGAUGUUCCAGAAGUUGACACGAAUCUUCAAGGGCAAUGCUCUGGUGACAAGCUUCGAAAGUCUUGGGAUUCAGCAAGCGUCAAAAGUCAUCAUCGCCUAAUCAAAGUUGUGUUUCGUGCGUACGGAUGGGCUUGUGUCUCCGCGAUCCCCCCACGCCUGGCCUACAGUUGCUUUAACUUUGCACAGCCUUUUCUAAUCACAGCAACCGUGAAUUAUAUUGGAGGAUCAUCGUCGUCACAACCUAAGGUUUACGGAACUGGACUCAUUGGCGCGUACAUUUUGGUAUAUCUGGGAUUGGCGGUUUCCCAAGCUGUAUACUGGCGUCAGACUUACCGUCUACUCACCAUGAUGCGGUCUGGUCUUAUAUCUAUGAUCUAUGACCAGACUAUCGACAUGGCUGCGGCUGAUUUGACUGACUCUGCAGCUAUCACAUUAAUGGGCACUGAUGUCGAACGAAUAGUGGCCAAUCUGAAGAACCUACAUGAGGCAUGGGCAUCUGUCAUAGAAUUGGGGAUUGCGAUUUGGUUGUUGGAGCGCGAGAUCGGGGUGGCCUGUUUUAUACCCCUCGUCAUCUCAUUGGGUUCCGUUUUAGCAAUGGUCCCAGUGUCAAGCCGAUCUGGGAAAGCUCAAAAACAAUGGAUUGAGCGAGUACAAAAGCGACUCGCAGUGACAGCAAACACGUUAGGCAACAUGAAGGCUGUACAAAUGCUUGGGUUGAGCGAUGUUAUUUUUCCUCUGGUGUCAUAUUUGCGUGAGAUUGAAGUAAAAACUUCAUUGAUUUCCCGAAAGUUGCUGAUAUGGCAGGUUGCGCUGUCCAACUUGCCUGUUGUACUAGCUCCCUUUGCUACGUUUACAACUUACGCGAUAAUAUCUGUUGUGCGACACGAUGGGUCAAUACUCUCUGCCCAGGCAUUCGCAUCCCUCGCUUUGAUUUCUCUCCUCACACAACCCCUACUCACAUUCUGCCAAGCUAUGCCCGCACUCUGGCAGGCCGUCGCUUGCUUUGACCGGAUUGAAGCAUAUUUUGCGAAGGGCACCCCCUCAUCUGCAAAACACGAAGAGGAGAUCCAGCCAUUGUCGACAUCCGAAAAGUUCUAUCCGUUCUUGAUCUCAUUCCAGAAUGCAAACAUAGCAUGGGCCCCGGAAAAAGAGCCUGUGCUUCGCGAUCUGAGUGUUCAUAUUCACCAGGGGAUUACCAUGAUAGUCGGUCCCGUUGGAUGCGGGAAGUCGACUCUAAUUGAGAGCAUCCUCCACCAGCACAUGGUCACAAAUGGUUCUAGAACAGCCUCAUUCUCAAGAGCAGCCUAUUGUCCACAGACCCCAUGGAUUACGAACGACACCAUCCGGAACAAUAUCAUCGGAUUCCUGGAAUUUGAUCAAACAUGGUAUGAUUUCACAUGCGCAGCGUGUGGCCUGCAAGGGGACCUCGACGCUCUUUCAGAAGGUGACAUGCAUAUGGCUGGUAGCGGUGGCAUUUCACUCAGUGGAGGCCAAAAGCAACGAGUUGCGCUUGCCCGAGCAGUCUACUCUAGGCUUGAAAUUGUCAUUCUGGAUAAUGUGUUCAGCGGGCUUGACUCGACGAGUAUUGCUCUUAUCACGGAUCGGCUUUUCGGCAAAGACGGCCACUUUAAAAAACGAGGGAUAUCGGUUAUUCUCGCUAUGAGUACCUAUCAGUUGCUCCCCCAUGCGGACCAAAUCCUGAUGAUGAAUGAGGGAAAGAUUACAGCAUCGGGGUCAUAUAAUGAAAUGCUAUCCAAUGAACCAAAGAUUGUUUUAGAGGUUCAUAAGCCAACGUCGGGUCUUCCUCUUGCAACAGUAGAGAUAUCAAAUUCUGGUCUCACUGUUGUCGAAAAAAAGGACCAGACGAGCACUGAUGUGCAAUCAGCCGAUGAUAAAGAGACUGUCAAUGUUAAACAUCAAGGAAAUUGGCCCGUGUACAAAUACUACUCUCGGAGCGCAGGAUACGGUCUUCUGGUCUCGUUUUUGGCAUGCACUAUUCUUGAAGCUUUCUGUACCAGCUUUCAAACAUUAUGGAUUCAAUGGUGGGUUGAGGCAAAUGAAGUGAAACCUAACAAGCAGCUGGGCAUGUAUCUCGGUAUCUACGGCUUGAUAUUUGGAUUGUCAUGUUUGAGUGUUUUCGCUGGCUGCUUCAGCCAAGAUUUGGAACUUAUUGAUAUGAUGCUACCAAUAUAUGCCGUCAAUUGCGUGACUAGCUUUGUCAAUGUUUUCAUCAACAUUAUUAUUAUUUGUGCGAUGGGCAGAUACCUGGCAGUCUCAAUCCCAUUUUUGGGCGUGGUUCUAUUCUUCAUUCAGGCAUAUUACCUCCGCACAUCCCGACAGGUCCGAUUGCUAGACAUCGAGGCCAAGGCGCCUCUCUACACACACUUUCUCGAAACAAUCCAUGGCAUAUCAAUCAUUAAAGCCUUUGACUGGGGGCCCCAGUUGCGAGAGAAAAGCCACUCCCUACUAAACCGAUCGCAGCGACCGGUCUACAUGCUUUAUAGUAUCCAACAAUGGCUGAUUUUGGUUCUGGAUUUGUUCGUAGGGGCCAUCGCAGUCAUUUUGAUUGCGAUGAUCACAUCCCUGAGGGAUCAAUUCAGUGGAGCAUCCAUUGGGGUUGCACUCAACAUUCUGCUGACACUAAAUCAAACAUUGGCAAAUGCUCUCAAGAUGUGGACCAUGACUGAGAUUUCUGUCGGGGCUGUAUCGCGCGUGCAACGCUUUAUAGAAGAUACUCCCUCGGAAGAACGCCGCGGGGUAUCUCCAAUUGCUUCUCAAUUACCGGAUGACUGGCCUUGCAGUGGUGCGGUGGAGUUCACUGACGUGACUGCUGGAUAUGAACACUCGACCGCUCCGAUCCUCAAGAGUCUUACGAUGAGCAUCAAGCCUGGAGAGAAAAUCGCCGUCUGCGGACCAUCCGGGAGUGGAAAGACAUCACUUAUAAUGGCCUUACUGCAGAUGCUUGACCUCCAGUCUGGACGAAUCAGCGUAGACGGCGAGGACCUCGCUGAGAUCCCGAGAAGCACAAUCCGAUCGCGCAUCAACGUUGUCCCCCAAGACCCAUUCUUUAUGCCAGGCACCUUGCGGUUUAACCUUGAUCCUCGACAGUCUGUGAUCGAUGCAGAACUGAUUCAUGCCGUGGAGAAGGUGGGCCUUUGGGACCAAGUUUGUGCCAAAGGAGGGUUGGAUAUGGAAUUCUCUGCCGCGGACUGGUCGGUCGGACAGAGGCAAUUGCUUGCCUUGUCUCGAGCCAUUGUGAGAAAAAGUGCUGUGGUAAUAUUGGAUGAGGCUACAAGCAGCGUCGAUUCGGAAACGGAGGCGAUCAUGCAGGAUGUUAUUGCGAAGGAUUUUUCUCAGCAAACCAUUAUUGCGGUAGUGCAUCGACUUCGUUAUAUUCAUUGGUUUGACCGGGUGAUGUUGCUUAAGCAUGGGGAGCUUGUGGAGUGCGAUAGAGCUGAAGCGUUACUGCAGAGGGACUCAGACUUGCGUAAGCUGUAUUUGGCCCUCCAAGAGCCAUCUAUUAGUGGAUAA